CGUCCGUUUGACCACUCUUACCAAAAACCACACUUCGGGAACCCUGUUAUGUGAUUUUGUCACUUGCGUAACGUGAUCUCAUUCUCUGCCCCUCCUUGUUUAUGUGGCUGAAGGGCGCAGCAGCAGCACCUACCCCUCCCCGUCCACCACUCCCCCUUUCCAGUCAGCACAGACAGGCGGGCGGAGAGAGGCCACACAUAACAUUACAAGGCUCUGCGUGAAGACAAACACCGUCUCGUUGGAAUGAGCCGUUACGGGAUUCCCCUCCAAGCCCCCGUCCACAUGCUCCGGGAGCUGAAAACGUGAAGAGAGAAAAAGCUGCAGCAUCAGCCGGACAUCAUCUCUGCGGAGAGAAGACUUGAUACAAAACUUAUAGUAAAAACAGAGGACUUUCAGCUGCAGCAGCGUCUCCUCUGUACUGGAGAACAAUCCCAUCUCAUACCGUGAAUAUCUCUUUCUGACAGGAGCGUGAAAAAGUUGACAGGGGAAAGAGUACGUUAGUUAAUAAGAGCCAGAGGGAACGCAGGGGGCGAGGAGGAGAGGAUGGACACCCUGGUUUCUGUUGUGAAGAGCCACCCUGGUCCGGCAGUGCUGGUGUUCGCUCUGAUUUUCAGGCUGAUCCACCGGUUGCUGCAAAGGCUGCCUGUUCCCAAAGUGGUGAAGCAGGAUGACACCCACACCUGGAAGUGGAAGAACCUCUCUGUCUCGAUGGUGCACUCCCUGCUGACUGGGACAUGGGCUAUGACCUGUGCAGCGAUUUGGCCAGAGACGUUGAGAAACCUUCACUCUUUCCACACCCCUCUGUCCUACCUGCUCGUCUGUGUCUCAACAGGAUACUUUGUGCAGGAUGCAGGUGAUAUUAUCCUCACAGGACAUGCAAAAGCAUCAUGGGGAUUCUUACUCCAUCAUGUGCUGGUAAUCUCAUGUUUCAUGUACACCCUCUACACUGAAGUGUAUGUAGCCGGCGCUGUUGUCGCUCUCUUUGUGGAGGUCAACAGCGUCACCCUCCACCUGAGGCUGCUGCUGAAGCUGGCAGACGAUCGCUGCUCCUUCACCUACUACAUCAACAAGCACAUCAACAUCAUCACCUACGUCACUUUUCGUCUAGGCACCCAGUUCUACCUCACCUGGUACAUCAUCCAAAACUACGCCUGGCUGGACCACGCUUUAUACUUCCUCAUCUCCAUAAUAAUGAUGAAUAUCAUGAUGCUGGUUUAUUUCUACCGCCUGGUCCGUGCUGAUUUUUUCCCCCGAAAAAAGGAGAAAUCGGUGGGACAGAACGGGGCGUGCAACAACAACUCCAAAAAGUUUCCCUGUGAUUGACUGUGGAAGGUUUACAGAACUACAUUGUUGUUUUUUUAUGGUGGGAGUUUACACAUUUUGUCUUUUUUAUCAAACUGACACCAUUCCUCGUAACGACAAGUUCCCUUGUUGUGUCUCACUGCCAAAAGAAAAACCAACUGCAAAAUAACUUUGGGUGGAACGAGGUCUAGCCUUCGGCUUUUCAUGGGUAAAAAUACAAUACAACAUCUUUAAAGAAGCCAAAAAUUCUGGGGUAAUCCCCUAAGACAAUACCACUUUUAUUUUAUAUUUAAUUUAGGAAUAUGUUGAAUUUUUGGGAAAUGUUUUUAGUUACAUUCUUCUCAAGGGUUAGAUGUGAAAAUUGGAUAGUAAAAAAAAUUGAAAUGGAGAAAUAGCUAGUCUGUCCAACAAUGAGAUAUAAUGUGGUAAUCUGUGAGAUUCAGAGGCACUGGUAGGCCAUUUUUUUACCCUAUGGACAGCCUGGGUUAUCCGUUUCUUCUUGUUUCUAGCAAAUCUAAGCUAGCCGGCUGUUGCAUGUGGCUUUAGUGUACAGAUACGAGAAUGGCAUUAAACUUAUCUUAGUCUCUGCAACAUAGACUGAAUGAAAGAAGUGGAUGUAGCCACAGUGAUGAAACCCAUUGUUUAAUGGACCACUGCUGUAUCCAUCUUGUUUUGACCGCACCUUAGCCGAUGGCUAUGCCGUGCAGAGUGGUUGCUAAUAAAGUUAGCUUCCAUGAUUCAAGGUAAACUAAAAAACAAGUUCAUGGCUAUUAAAUGUGCACAGAGCCAUGGAUAUACAUUGCUACACCUCUGUCCUGAUUGACAGUUCGCUGUGGUAGCAAUUUAAUAAUCACCAGGUAGCCAAGUCCUAAAGAAAACCCUGCUCUAUCUUUUUUUUUACUAACAAUGGGACAAUAAUUAACAAAAUGAACAACAUGCUUUUUUGAUUGAGACCAUAAACUCAUUCGGAAAAUGUUUACUGAAAUAGGGUCAUUUUCUCAUAAACUUCAAUUGGACUUCUUAAUUGCAGCCAGUUAAAGGUACUUCUGCACUGGCUUCACAUUUCAGACCCCGAGGCUACGCCCGCUUCUUUUAUUCAGUCAAGAAAGUAUUUCCCAAAGGAGUUGAACUAUUUCUUACAUCUGUCACAAAAAAACAACAAAAAAAGCAGUGAGACCAUUAGUUUAGUAAAUUCAAAAUGUGGAGUUGCAUUUAGCAGUUUUUAACAAUCACAGCUGAAACCCUAGCUACUGUAUAUAUGCAACCAUGUCUUUAACAUUUGCAUGGGUUACAGUGUUUGUACAAACUCCUAACUGCUUUUUUGGAUUUUGGACUUCCGGCAGCAAUAGAUUCACAUUUUGAUCAAACUUGUUUAUACAGUACAUCCUCCCUCUCUGUUCCUCUAUGAUGCCACUUGUGGCUGAAGAGAUAUUGGGCUGUGACUGAACUGGAACUCGACCAAAUCAACUGGUGACACACAUUAACGCAAGGAAAAUGGUUCUCAUGUGAAUCCUGUUGGUGUUUGACACUAGUGGGGCUGAAGCUGGAUCUUUCUGCCAUCUAACAGUCUGAUAACUGAGCUCAUCAGCAUGUGGGCGGCAUGAAAAACCCUUCACAAUGAGCAGACAGCAGCACAAUCAAUACUGAUAUUGAUUAUCACCAGUAGUUUGACUUGAUGUGGAGUGAUAGAAGAGUAUCCUGCAGCGUGUAGCUUAUUUUAGUCAUAUUUUUAUAGAAUAGGUCCCUUUUUUAAGAUAUUCUGCUCUUCCUCCUCUUGUACACAUGGCGUUUUGUAAAUAAUGCCCUUUUAUAUAUAUUUUAAGUGAUGAUAAAACCAAGCAAACAACAUCAGUGGACUUUAAAUGCUAAUGUUCUAAUCAUGCCAUAAAUCAUACGUGCUGACAGUGUCAUUUAAAAGCCUAAUGAUCAGUACAUUUCAUUUUCUAUUUCAGCCAAAUGCCAAGAAAUGGACAGUUUAGAUGUUUUUGACUUGUGCUGCAGUGCCUUUACCAUGUGCCUUUUCAAGAAGACUAAAGCACAGAUACUGUGCGAAUAGGGAAGUAUAGAAAGAGUGCUGACUGAUAUCUGUAGGCUUUUCUAAAAGCUGGGCCAAGUGGAGAGAUUUUUGAGACAAACACACUAAAUUAAUUUGGCUAUGUGUUUAAUGUAUCUUGUCUUAACUGUUUUUUAGGAGCCCCAUAUUUUUGGAUGGUUGAGUGAUGCCAUGAAUU